AUGGCGGAUCUUCCUCCAGAUCCAUAUUUAGCGCUCGGGGUUGCGAGAGAUGCCGAUUCUGCCGCCAUCAAAUCCGCAUAUCGCAAGCUUGUGCUGAAAUGUCAUCCCGACAAGGUCCCCGAUCCGAGUGCGAAGCAGGCUGCUGCCGACAGAUUUCACAUCAUUCAAACUUCCUACGAGCGUCUCAUCGACGACAAGGCGCGAGCUCGUUAUGAC